AUGUACAGUAAAUUUGACUUUCUCUCUAUUGAAUCUACUUUUACAUUUACACUUACAAACAUUAAUGGAUUCAAAAAAAAAAGAAAGAAAUACGCUUCAGGAAGAGUAUUAGUAUCUACUCCUAGACAACCUGGGCAAUACAACUUCAGUCUUGCUGAAGCUGGAAAAAUCUGUACACAUUGCGAGAAAGAUUUUAAAUCUCUCUGGAAUCUAAAACGACAUUUGGAAGAGUACCAUCAUAUACAUGAGAUUCUUUCAAAUGUUGAGGCCUAUGUUGGAGCAGCACUCCAGAAUCAACUUAACAUGGACCAAUCCAACAAAGAUUCUAUAUCUAAAAAUGAGAUAUUUGAAUCUGACUUGGAUGAGGAUAUAACUGAAUUCAAUGUCAUUGACAGUGAUGUUAGUGACACUGAGAUAAGUGAUGAAAGUGAGAAUGAGAAUGACAAUGGAAAAAAUGGAAACUUUGCUGAUUUAGAUACUGGAAAUUACCUUUAUGAAGCUAUACUGAGCAGCAUGACCACGUCUGCAGAAAGUAUUAGCUUGUCAGUGGAGGAAGACGUUAAUGUAUUUGCAAAUGGAGUUUUGUCUUUUGAGAAUUUGGAAAGCUUUGUACCUAAAAAUUAUCCAUUUAAGAACCUUCAAACCAUGAUUAUGCUUGCUCUAAUCGAUGGUGAUAAUGAUAUGCUUUCUCGUAGAAUUAUUAAAAAGAUUCUGUUUGCUAUGAAUCUUGUGCUUAAACUGCAAGAGGAAGCUAUCAAUACUAAGAUACCCUUUACAUUACCGCGUUUUGAUGCAUUGUUAAACUUUCAAAAGAGAAAAAAGUCUACAAUGCUUGUUUUUAAGUCAAAGAUUGUAAAAUUCGAUUUAUCUGAUGGCACACAAAUGGAAGUCUGUUUUAAUUUACCUUCAGAACACCUGAAACUUCUUGCGGCCAACCCCAAGACCUCAAAGAAGAUUUUCUUGCUACCUGAUCGAACACCAGAUCAAGCAGUAUGCUUGCAACAAGGUGAAAAGUGGAGAACCCAUCCAUUAUUCCAGCGGCCUAUGUGGACUAUUGAUAACAUUGAUUUCUGGCAUGGUGAUGUUGUUAAGCUGAAAGCUGAUCAAAAUAAUGUUUGUUUUUUAAUAGAGUCUUUUCAUACAAUAAAAAACUCUUACAUAUUUUGUUGUGGAUAUAACAUUUGGUCGUCUGGAGCUGGAAAGUUUGGUAUUGAAAUCACUUGUAGUGAUAUUCCAAUUGAAAGACUUGAUUCUGUCUUACCUACUCCCAGUAGUUCUCUUUGUUACAGUAUUUCACCUACUACUGUCAGUUCUUUGAUUUCUUUGCAUUCUUCACUGCUUGGGAUAUCACAUUUUAUGAGGAGGCAUGUUUCUGAAGAACAUCGGGUACAGUCCAACCACAGAUUAUUCUAUAGAGUGGCGAUUUCACCUAUUUCACUUUUUACAGAUGACACAUCUGGAAAUACGACUGUACAAUCAAACCCGUAUGAAUGUGGGAUUCGAAAGAAGAAGGGUGUGACUGGAGCUUCUAUGCUACCAACAAUCGUCAAAGACGUACAACUAAUGGAAGGUGGCAUUUUAAUGUACUCUCAUGAGUACAAAGAAUUUAUCUUGGCCUAUGCUCCUCUUGUUUGGAUUGAAGCUGACAUGCCAUGUCAUUCUAUGUUGUGUGAUAUACUUGGUCCCACAUCACUAUACCCAUGCAGAAUAUGUUAUGUCGAGCUACAAAGAAAGGUAGAAAAUUUAAAGGAUGAAGAUUACUACACCAAACGGCACAAGAACAGAACAAAGCAACAUUAUAUUGCUGCUGCACCCUCUUUGGAUAAGCUCAUCGUAAUCCCAGACAUUUCUUUGAUUUAUGACAAGCACACGGCUGAAUUUCUCAGGUUUAAGAAUACCAUUACACAUAUCCUACUGGAUUUACAAUCAUUUGAUCCAUUGCAAGACACACCCGUAGAGAUCUUGCAUGUUAUUCUCCUUGGUAUUGCAGAAUACCUAAUAAAUGAUUUGGUAAAUUCAGUGCUGGUAAAGAAAGAUGAAUUAAGACAACUUAUGGGAUAUUUGAAGAAUUAUGAGCAAUCCAAAGGCAUGUCUCAAAAGUUCACAAGAUUGCUUAGUGGAUGCGGUUCCUACCUUGGCAGAGACUACAAAUGUCUUAUACAGAUUCUUCUAGUCAUUUUAGUGAUAAAAUUUACUGGUAAUCCUGUAUUAAAAAACAUUACUCCAUGUUUUAUCCAACUUGGUCAACUUUGCUCACUUGUAUUUGUUAGAGCCAUAGAGUCUGAUCUAGAAACAUAUAUUCAUGAAGUUGACACCGCUGUUAAAGGUCUUAUCAAACAGCUUCUGGUUUAUGAUAAAAACUGCGAGCUCAAUGGACAUAACCCAUACACAUCAAAACUUAAGGCACAAUUAUUGACACACCUUCCAGACAACAUCAGGAGAUUUGGCACCCCCUUGCAUUUUGAAAUGGAAAAAGGUGAGCAGUUUAAUAAGCAUAUACGUGAACACCUAUUCCACACCAACAAGCUUAAUACCUCUAAGGAUAUUGGUCUAAAGUUUGCGAAGCAAACUAUGAUGAGACAUAUCCUUGAUGGCGGUUCAUGGCCCAUUGAAAAUGGACUAAGAUUGUCUUGUGGAAAAGGUGUUAAGGCAUAUAUUGAUAAUACUGCUAGUGUUCACAAGUUUUGGAAUAGUUUGUUUGGUGGUUCCAGAGAGUUUGCAGAUAACAAUAAUGAUGGUAGCAUUGUAAACAGUGAACUUUGUGAUGAUACCUUUGCCUUGUUCAUGCUCAUGCACAGUGGAAGCCAAACCAUUCAUCCAAUUAUUGGAAAGGUUUCUUCUUUCUAA